AUGGUUGAGACUACAGCUCCAAGCAAUAACAACAGCUCUUCAAUUGAUCAUGGAAGACCCUCUAGAGGUGGCUGGAAUGCCGCCAUCUUCAUCAUUUUUGUGGAGAUGGCAGAGAGAUUUGCGUUUUAUGGAUUAAGUGGGAACUUGGUGAGUUACUUAACCAAUGUUUUGGGAGAGACAACACCGGCAGCUGCUAAGAAUGUCAACAACUGGGUUGGUGUCUCCUUCGUCUUCCCUUUGCUCGGAGCUUACAUUGCUGACUCCUACCUCGGUCGCUUCAAAACCGUCAUCUUCUCUUCCAUCAUCUAUUUCUUGGGGAUGGUUUUGUUGACACUUUCAGUAUCAGUGGUUCCUGUGCAUAGCAGAAAGUGGGUGUUCUUUAUGGCACUCUACAUAUUGGCGAUAGGAGAAGGAGGACACAAGCCAAGCGUUCAAACAUUUGCAGCUGAUCAGUUUGAUGAAGACUCACCACAAGAAAGAAUGGCCAAGAACUCUUUCUUCAACUGGUGGUACUUAGGACUUAUAACUGGUGCUGUAUCUGCCAUUUUAGUUGUCAUUUAUCUUCAGGACAACGUUGGGUGGACAGUAGGGUUUGGCAUAUUGGCAGCAGCAAUAGCUGUGGCUUUUGGUAUUUUCUUGCUUGGUAUUAAAAAGUAUAAAAAACAAGGGCCACUUGGAAGCCCCUUCACUGCGGUGGCCCAAGUGUUAGUAGCAGCUAUUCGUAAGCGGCAAGUAGAUGAGAUGCGCAAUGGAAAAGGUGUUUUCUAUGGAAACAAGUCAAUGCAUGGUGAUAUCAUUUUGGAGACACAAACUAGAGUUUUGGCUCGCACAAAACAUUUCAGAUUUUUGGACAAGGCAAUGAUAAUUGAUGAAAUUGAUGCAUCAAGCAACACAAGAAAUCCUUGGAGGCUAUGCUCAUUAAACCAAGUGGAAGAAAUAAAGCUAGUGUUAGGCCUCAUACCCAUAUGGCUAACAAGCUUGUACUUCAAUUUAGCUCAGGCUCAAUCAUCAACCUUCUUCACCAAACAAGGUAGCACAAUGGUUAGAUCACUAGGACCUCACUUCAUCAUCCCGCCGGCUUCACUUCAAUGCAUCUCCGGCUUCGUUAUCAUGAUCUUCAUCCCGGUCUAUGACAGACUUCUUGUUCCUCUGCUAAGACAAUUCACAGGCAAACCUACAGGCAUCACAAUGCUUCAAAGAAUAGGCAUUGGCUUAUUCCUAUCUUCUCUAACCAUGCUUGUGGCUGCCCUAAUAGAGUCCAAAAGGGUUAAAAUAGCAAGUGAUUAUAAUCUCUUGGACAAUCCAAAAGCAAUAUUGCCAAUUAGGGUUUGGUGGUUGCUUCCUCAGUAUAUUCUGUUGGGGUUUGUGGAUGCCUUAUCUAUAGUAGGGCUUCAACAUCUGUGUUAUGAUCAAAUGCCAGAGGCUAUGAGAAGCUUGGGAGCUGCAUUUUAUAUCAGUAAUGCUGGAGUUGCAAAUUUUAUCAGCAGUGCUCUUAUAUCUAUUGUGGAAUCAGCAAGCAAAAAGAAAUGGCUUGGGAAUAAUCUGAAUAGGUCACAUCUGGAUUAUUACUAUUUUCUGCUUGCUGGAUUAGGGUUUUUGAAUUUGGCUGUUUAUGUGCUUGUUGCUAAGAGGUAUGUUUACAAAAAAGUUGAAGGUUAUGAUGAAAGAAAAGAGGAAGAGAUGAAGGGUUUUAAUGGACUUGCCAAUCAGCAUGAUGAAGAAAAUGCCCGUGGUUAAGGCAGCACUUGUAUAUUGAUUUAUUGUUGUUUUUGUCCUUUUUUUUUUUGCUAAGAAAUGUAAGAAUAACGAGUAAUGAACAACCUAUAAGAUUUGCUAUCAAUUUUACAUUUUAGAUUGGUUAACGCCUCCGGCUCCACUCGUUACAG